AGUUUUUGGGCCUCAUGCUUUAAAGUCUUCACCUUUGCAUUUCCUUUUCCUCCCCUCUCUUCCCUUAUAUCUGCUGUUAAACGCAUUUUGGACAGAGAGAGGCAAUCAAUCCUUCUAUUUAUGCACAAGCUCUUAUGCUGAUAGAGCACUGCAAAACAGCUGCAGCAACAUCAGGGAUUCGGAUUUUGAGGCUCCGACCUUGAUCCUGUUGGCUUGUUUGUUGUGUUGAGAAGAUCAGGAGUGUUGUUGUUGGUUGAGUCGCCAUCAUGUCGUUCAGCGGUACGCAGGACAAAUGCAAGGCGUGCGACAAGACGGUGCAUUUCAUUGAUCUCCUGUCGGCCGACGGGAUCCCGUACCACAAGACCUGCUUCAAGUGCAGCCACUGCAAAGGAACUCUUUCCAUGUGUAGCUACUCUUCAAUGGAUGGUGUCCUCUACUGCAAGCCCCACUUUGAGCAGCUUUUCAAGGAAACAGGUUCCUUCUCUAAGAAAUUUCCAGCAGGUGGAAAGUCUGCUGACAAGCAAAAUGAACUGUCGAGGACUCCGAGCAAGCUAUCUUCCAUGUUCUCUGGCACUCAAGAUAAGUGUGCAACCUGCAAGAAAACAGUAUACCCCUUGGAGAAGCUGACUGUGGAGGGUGAGUCAUACCACAAGACCUGCUUCAAGUGCUCGCACGGCGGCUGCCAGCUCACGACUUCUUCCUACGCCGCUCUCGAUGGCAUUCUCUACUGCAAGCACCAUUUUGCUCAGCUGUUCAAGGAGAAAGGGAGCUACAACCACUUGAUCAAGACUGCUUCCACUAAGAAGAGCUCAACCGAGGCCGCGGCGCCUGACGCAGAGGGGGCUGAAGCAGAUCCUGCACCGGAAGACCCCUCACCGGACCAGGAAGAGUCAUAAAAAGGCCUAUGGUUAUGCUCAGACUUUUUUUCUCCCUUCAAAUUUUUUACCUUACCUUUUCUUUUGCCUAUGUAAUCAUUGGCUUCUCCAGCCUUUUGCUGAUUCUUUGCUUCAACAAAAGUGAGAUUUAUAUCAAGGGAAAUAAAUAACUAACUAUCAUUCA